AUGGCGGCGGCGGCAGCGGCGGCGGCGGUGGUGGUGGUGGUGGUGAUGAUGAUGGUGGUGGUAAAUAAUAGAAGAAGACAAGGAAGAAGAAGAAGAAGAAGAAGAAGAAGAAGAAGAAGAAGGAAGAGGGUUCACCCUCGAUAAGAUUACAUUUACUUUCCUGAAAAAGGGAUACGCGCCCGAGUUCAUCGUGGGGAUUGUAACCUUGUAACCUUCCUCCCUUCCAACAAGGAACUGCAGGCUUUUGCACAAUCUAAAAAUAUUUUCCAAUUUGAUGGUGUUAGUUGUUGAUUUUCGUCUUCCGUAUUGUUCUGACGGUCAGGUAUCCGUUUGGUUUAGGUUGCUCAAGUUUUUAAAUAAUAUCGUAAAUUACAGUGUCAUUAAAAACUGGACAUUCGUCAACUAGCAGUCAAUUCGAAGGUGGCUCAACCUCAAUACAAAAACUGUUCCUUUUUAUAAAUUCUUUGCGACACGCAUUAGAACCACUUAACACCAGAAGAAGGAGAAGAAGAAGAAGAAGAAGAAGAAGAAGAAGAAGAAGAAGAAGGAGAAGAAGAAGAAGAAGAAGAAGAAGAAGAAGAAGAAGAAGAAGAAGAAGAAGAAGAAGAAGAAGAAGAAGAAGAAGAAGAAGAAGAAGAAGAAGAAGAAGAAGAAGAAGAAGAAGAAGAAGAAGAAGAAGAAGAAGAAGAAGAAGAAGAAGAAGAAGAAGGGACUACCAGAACAAACCUAA